UGGUAGACAGAUAUAUAUAGGUCAGAUUUUUGUCUAAGGAUAGUCCAUUUCGAAAUGUUGUCUAAAUUGGGUUGUCUGCUGCUUGUUCUCUCGUUUGGGAACAGCUUUUGUUCAAGCGGGGAUGAUCUGCCAGAGAUAGACACGCCUUUGGGCAGAGUUCGGGGAUAUUGGAAGACAGUAGAAGGCCUAACUUAUGCCGCUUUUGAGGGAAUCCCGUACGCAAAACCACCUGUGGGCGAUAUGAGGUUCGAGGAACCUGAACCCAUAGAGGCUUGGUCAGAAACCUUGGAAGCCAACACUCUUCACACGUGCACUCAAGCUGACACUCGUACUCCUGAUCAAGUAUCUGGAGAAGAAGAUUGUCUCUACAUAAACGUGUACAUCCCUGAGGAUUCCGUGAAAAACCCAAAGGCACUCGAUGUGAUAGUGUCAAUCCAUGGUGGUGCCUUUAUGGUAGGUGCUGGACACAUAACUUUCAAUACAUUGCUAGAGUACGACGCUGUGCUUGUAUCUUUCAAUUACCGUCUCGGUAUUCUAGGAUUCCUCAGCACGGAAGACGACGUCAUACCCGGCAACAACGGCAUGAAAGAUCAAGUCUUGGCACUCGAGUGGGUCAGGGACAACAUCGCUUCGUUCGGGGGAAACCCCGACUCCGUCACCUUAGUCGGCCUAUCAGCGGGCGCAGCCAGCGUCCACCUCCACUAUUUCUCCCCCCUCUCAGAAGGAUUGUUCGUCAAGGGAAUUUCGCAGAGUGGUUCGGCUCUAGCAUCGUGGGCGAUCAAGAAGAACGCCUUGAAACGUGCCAAGAAGCUCGCGCUAUUAGUGGAUUGCCCUGACAGUCCCUCAGAAGAUCUGAAGAGUUGUCUUAAACAGAAACCAGCGCAAACGUUGCUGGAACAAUUGGCAUAUUUCCAAGGAACCGACAACUUGGGGGAACUAGCACCUUUUGCUCCGGUUGUGGAAAAUACAUCAGCAACUGCUUUCCUAGAUACAAAUCCUUUCCAGCUCAUGAUGGAAGGUAAAGUUCAUGAUGUGCCUUGGAUUACUUCCGUUACUACUGGCGAGGGACUGCUUUCUACGGGAUAUUUCUGGCAAAUCUUGGAAGAGAUAGACGAGAGAUGGGUAGAACUAUUUCCCGAUCUGCUGGAUUACACUGACACUCUAGAUGUAUCACAAGUGGAGAGAGUAUCGAAGGAAGUUUUGGACUACUAUUUGGGACCAGGAGAAAAGAUCAAUAAGAAGAACUUCAAAAAAUUUACGCAGAUUUUCACAGACAGGUUGUUUGCUGUCCCUGCAGAACUGUCAGCUAAACUGCAAGCCAGUGUAAACAAAUCUCCUGUAUAUGUUUACAUAUUCAACUACACUGAGGGUGAAAAUAAAAUGACCAUCUUAUUUCCUGAUGCUCAAGAAAUAGAAGGUGUGGCCCAUGGUGAAGACGGAAUCUACUUCUAUGGGAUGUUGCAUAUAAAUCCGUUAUCAGACAAGGACAAACGCUUGAUUGCUGCUUGUCAUAACGUGUUGUACUCGUACGCCACCAGCGGUAUUCCUUCUUUCGAUGGGACAGACACUUGGCAACCAACGGGAUCUGAAGAGUUGACUUACUUGGUUGUAAAUGGACCAGAUGACAUUAAGCUGCACAAGAGUGAAAGUUUCACUCCUGUUGACUUUUGGACCAAGAUCGGACUCUUGGAAUAUGAAAAUGAAGUUGUAAAAGACGACUUAUGUAUUUCAUAGACAAUUUUAAAUGAUUCUUCUGAAAUAUUCUGUAUAUUAUAUUUAUAAAGUGUAUGCAAGUAAAAAAUUUAAAAAAACAA